AUGCUUUGGCACUACGUUCAGAUCUUCGCUGCCGCCAAUACUUUGCCUUUAGUCCUGACUAUUGUUGAGCAAAAACAAGAUAUAAUUUCAAAUGCGUUACUAGUUGUGCUGAUGUUCAUUAUACCAUCAUCAUUAGAUCAACCGAAUGUUUAUUACAUUACAAGUUUCCAGCUAAUCAUAUUUCUAUGCAUUUUUAUAUUUUGCGUAUCUGUGUAUCGAAUCAAGAGAUCAAAAACCUUUAACUCAUGGCAAAUUUUCUUCUCAUAUGUCUUUUCAUUCGAAAUUUCACGCGUUCUUUUGCUUCCAAACAUCAUUUUCGUUUCAAGAUCAUUAAUUUGCUCAUUGGCAGGAAUAUAUCCAUUAACAUUGCUAAAUCUUACGCAAGUCUUGUUAUUGGUUGCGCAUGUUAGAUUGUGUUAUUAUGCCUCUUUAUUUUCUUUUUCAUUUUUCAAGACCACACAAAUUCCUCGAACUUUAUUAGUACUUCCCGAGCAUAUACAACUCUAUAUCCUUCCAUUUAUAGGCUGGGGAUGCUUUUCAUUAGGAACAAAAAAUCAAGGCAUUACAAGCUUAAUUGUUUUUUGUAUCCUUUUAGGUAUCGUUUAUUUAUACAUGGGAUUAUAUCCUAAAUCAUUUAGAGGUACAAUAGACCCUGUUUCAAUGGCAAUUGCAUUUUUAUUGUUUUUUCAAGCGGGAUCUGGUGUCAUCUACAUCAAAGGUCUCAAUAAAUUCAGUUACACAUACUUUAUAGUUGCAUCUCUAGUUAUAUCUCUUGGUAUUUUUCUGAUUUCUUCCAAUAUUCAAAAAGUUAUUUACAAAGUUUAUGAGAAAAGAUUGAAUUCGGCAUCAAAAAUAACUGAUCUGGACAUCAAAUCAUUCGGAACUUUCCAGAAAUACCUUUGUGUCGCUUAUCAUACUCAUCAUAAAUUUUUAUUAGAUGGAUCAAUGAUAAACUACGCUUGUUCUCACUAUCAUGAUAUCCAUUCAUGUCAUAUGUUGUUGAGGUUAGCACUUUAUCUUCCAAUUUCUACUCCUUAUGUAGAACUGAUCGAAAUUAACGCUUCUUCGUUAAAUAUGAGCUAUACAACACUAGCAUAUUUUGUAUUCGAAUACAGAACAGUUCAAGAAUGGCGUUAUGACCAAUUGGAUCCUUUUGAUAAUGAAAAUUUGACGAAAACAAACAGAAUUGUCAAAAAUUACAUAAAAUUUGCAUUUUCUUAUGCGGGAUUUAUACAAAGGGAAGGAUCCAAAUCCGCUUUUAUCUUCGGCCAAGCACUCAACGAAGCUGCAACCAUCAUCGAAUCGCACAUCGACAGAUGGCUGAUGUUCCAUCCAACAAGAAACCAAGUCCUCAAAGUUGCUGCUUAUUUUUACGACCAUUUAAACAUAAACCGCCAAAAAGCGAAAGAUUUACAGCAACAAAUGGUUUUAUAUGACUAUUUCACGUUGAUAUUACCUAAUUGGAGAGAACUACAGACAAUUAAUAACUAUCCAAUCGAUGCUUAUUCGAUACCUAGUUUCCCAGAUAGAAUACAAACAAUGUCAAGUGAUAAUAUAACAGAAUCAACGACACAGAACGACAAAUUCUUUGCAAAUGACAUUGUUUACACUGAAACACGUUCAUGUAUGAAUGUUAACUUUGUUAUAUUACUUCUUUGUGUAUUAGGAUUGACACCAUUUAUUAUUAUGAUUUAUAUUUGUUGUAGAAGUUAUCAAAAAGAUUUCAGAGCCCUUGUUAUGAUGACUGAUUAUUUCGGACAACAUGUUUAUUAUGUUUGUGGAAUGAUGUUGUAUGGAAUUGAGCCUGGUUACAAUUCAAACAUUACUUCAGAAGAAAAAGUUUUUGUGAGUAAUUUCAUUAAUGAAUUUGCAACUCAACAUUCUUAUUUAUACACUCAAAUCAUGUUAUUGCUAAAGCAUUACAUGAACUUGAAUAGAACAUGUUCUCAUUUGUACUUGACUCCUUAUUUUCCAAGUAUUACAAUGAGAGGAAGUCCUCGUGUUUAUUCUUAUGAUUCGAUGAUGAGAAGAAUACAAACAUCUGUGAGAGAAGUAUUCCCUGAAAACGAUUUCCUUAAGAACAAACAAGAGUUUAAUGUUGUUGUCAACAUGUUUGCAAAUGCUUCUUCUUAUUUUGCAAUAUUUUUGAAAGAUUACAACAAAUGUUUGACUGAUUCUUAUGAUGUUGCAAAGUAUGAUAUAUACAAAUGGUGUAUAACAUGGGGUAGUUUCAUAUUCUGUAUCUUGUUGAUACUUAUUUCGAUUCCAAUUACUUUGGAUGUCGUUUUGUUCAGAAUGAAUAAGAAUUUUACAAAAAUUGAUUCAGAUAACGAUUCAAGGUUAAUAGAAGUAUCGUUAUCGCAGAAGUAUUAUGGAUCAAAAUACUAUAUUUUUAUGACAAUUUUUUAUUCUUUAGUCGCAUUUGGUAUUAUUUUUCUAAGUAUUAUAGCAAAUAGAGUACUUAUGUUGGAGUUGCAGCAUACCGUUGAGGAAAUAACUGAAGGAGACGUAGCAGAUAUCAUGCAAAUGGGUAUUUUAGGUACUGGACUAAAUUCGAUCGAAUUGUUUGGUAUGAAUGCGAACGUUUCCUACUCAACUCUGUAUAGAAAUGUUGCGGCUGUCACUGCGAUGUGGCAUCCAAGCGAUGGAAAGUGGGCUUUUGAAAAUGACACUUCAUCUUCAACGCCUCUGUUUGAUGUAGUCAUUUUAUUGAUGAAGCAGUUGCAUGGAAUGAGAAUUGUAUACAAUAGAACAGAAAAUAAGAGAGGAAGAGACAUUUUUAAUCAUAUAUUGCGUCCUUUAAUGAAAGAAAGGAUUAUUAAUAGGACAAGUAGAUAUACAGUUGAUAUGCUAAGAGUUAAUAUGGAGAAUGGUCAAAUACAAGCCCUCCUUUUCGGUUUAAUAACAAUUGUUUUUUAUAUAAUCGGUACAAAUAUUCUGUACUUUACAAAAUCUGUUGUUUUCACAGAAUUUAUAUUGAAGCUUAUUCCUUUUGUUCAUCAACAGACAACGACUAACACGCAGGAUUCCAUGAGAAUGUCGAAUUUAAUGGAAAGUAAAUUAUUGUUAGAUAUCAUUGGUUGUCCUGCCGCCCUUAUUGAUAACAAUGAUAAUAUCGCUUUCGUCAACCAUGAAUGGAUGACUGUGUUUUCUGGAGCUCAGACUUCUUUUGUUGGAACAAAUUAUCAUAUUUAUGUGGGACAUGACCCUGAUUUAGUAAUUCACCAGUCUCAGAAUGAAUACAGAACAUUAACUAUUACCAGAUCAUCAAGGAUUAUCAAGCUUAGGAAUCAAAUUGAUGUUAUGGAAGACGAAUACAGUAAUUUGAAUUCGUCAACAAGGCCAAUGAAUGUUUUAUCAACUGAAGAAAAGGAAAAGAAAGUGAUUUGUGCAACAAUAUCUAUCAUUUCAUAUAAUUUGCAAAAUGAAGAUAUCGAUAUCGUGAGAACUUUCUCUGAUCUCCUAUUUGAAUUGAUUUCUGAUGAGUUGCAGAUUAUAAAGGAUGCAAAAAUGUUCAUGUGGUCAUAUUCUGACAUUACAAUUGCGUUUGGAUUCGAAGAAGAAUCAUUAGUGUUGCCUGCAUUGCAAGCAAUUCAACUUGUUUCAACAUGUACGCAGAUGCUCAUUGAAACAGAAGAAUUAUUUGGUCUGUAUUGCUGUUCUUCAUUGAUGAUUGGAUGUGUUGGCGAUUCCUUUGAUGGAGCAAAGAGCAGACCUUGGAGAUUAACAAAUUCAAUCACUCUUUCUGCUGAUGUAGCUCAUAUUAUAUCUAAUUACAUAGCAGAUAUGACUUAUAUUUUAGAUAAUGAUAUUGCAGUUAUUAUUAUGGAGAAAGAGGAUGAAGAUAUAGAACAAGAAGAGUAG